GACCGGCGUGUGGCUGCGCGUCAAGCGGGUUCUCGGUGCGCGCUCUCCCGCAGUGACAUGGCGUAAGACGGCGGCGUGAGUGUGCAUUAUCCUCCCGGCGCCAUGGACGCAAUCCGCACGACCGCGACCACCACCACCACCGCCACCACGACGAUGACGAUGACGAUGACGACGUUGAUGAUGAAGACUGUGAUGGCGGCGGCGUCCGCCGCCGCGCUGGAGGACCUGGCCACGGAGAAGGAAGCCGAGGAGAGCCACCGGCAGGACAGCGUCAAUCUGCUGACCUUCAUCCUGCUGCUGACCCUCACCAUCCUCACCAUAUGGCUGUUCAAGCACCGGCGCGUGCGUUUCCUGCACGAAACCGGCCUGGCCAUGAUUUACGGUCUGCUGGUGGGCGUCGUCCUGCGUUACGGCAUCCCCGCCGCCAGCUACCGCAACGGGAGCCCGCCCAGCUGCGCGCUGGCCGCGGGGCCCGCCAGCAGCAGCCUGCUGCUCAACGUCAGCGGCAAGUUCUUCGAGUACACGCUCAAAGGCGAGAUCGACUCCCGCGACAUUCACAACGUGGAGCAGAACGACAUGUUGCGCAAGGUCACCUUCGACCCGGAAGUCUUCUUCAACAUCUUGCUGCCUCCCAUCAUUUUCCAUGCCGGCUACAGCCUGAAGAAGAAACACUUCUUCAGGAAUUUGGGCUCCAUUCUCACCUACGCAUUCCUUGGGACUGCUGUCUCAUGUUUCGUAAUUGGGAACCUGAUGUACGGCGUGGUCAAACUGAUGCAAGUGGUCGGCCGGCUGAGCGACAAGUUCUACUACACCGACUGUCUUUUCUUCGGCGCCAUCAUCUCCGCCACCGACCCAGUGACGGUGUUGGCGAUCUUCAACGAGCUGCACGCGGAUGGCGACUUGUACGCUCUGCUGUUCGGGGAGAGUGUCAUGAAUGACGCCGUGGCCAUCGUGCUGUCCUCCUCCAUCUUGGCCUACCAGCCCCGAGGCGCCAACACACACACGUUCGACGCUUCGGCCUUCUUCAAGUCCGUCGGGGUUUUCCUGGGAAUUUUCAGCGGUUCCUUCAUGAUGGGUGCCGCCACCGGGGUGGUCACCGCUCUCGUGACCAAGUUCACUAAGCUGCACUGCUUCCCCCUACUGGAGACGGCCCUCUUCUUCCUCAUGUCCUGGAGCACCUUCCUGCUGGCCGAGGCCUGCGGAUUCACGGGUGUGGUGUCUGUGCUUUUCUGUGGCAUAACACAGGCUCACUAUACCUACAACAACCUUUCUGUGGAGUCCACCAAGCGUACCAAGCAGCUCUUCGAGGUGCUUCACUUCCUGGCUGAGAACUUCAUCUUCUCCUACAUGGGCUUGGCUCUUUUCACCUUCCAGAAUCACAUCUUCAGCCCCAUCUUCAUCACGGGUGCUUUUAUCGCAAUCUUCCUGGGACGAGCCUUUAACAUCUACCCGCUCUCCUUCCUGCUCAACCUGGGCCGCAGACACAAGAUCACAGGAAACUUCCAGCACAUGAUGAUGUUUGCUGGACUGCGCGGGGCGAUGGCGUUUGCCUUGGCCAUCCGCGACACGGCCACCUACGCCCGCCAGAUGAUCUUCACCACCACGCUGCUCAUCGUCUUCUUCACCGUGUGGGUCUUCGGGGGCGGAACCACGCCCAUGUUGUCCUGGCUACAAAUCAGAGCUGGAACGGCGGACCGCUGUAGACACGGGAAGUGGAAAUACUUCAGGGUGGGAGUGGACCCGGAUCACGACCCGCAGCCUUCUGCAGCCACCUUCCAGGUCCUACAGGGGGAUGUCCCCCAGGCUGAAGGGCAGAGCAAAACCAAACAAGAGAGCGCCUGGCUCUUCAGGGUGUGGUACACCUUCGAUCACAACUACCUGAAGCCCAUUCUGACGCACAGCGGCCCCCCGCUCGCCUCCACGCUGCCCGGCCACUGCGGACCCAUGGCCAGCUGUCUGACCAGCCCGCGCACCUACGAGUACCAGGAGGAACUGAGGGACGCAGACCGCGACGACAGCGACCUGUCCUUCACCUUCGGCGACGUUGCCAUCGCUACCAACGGGCUGUCCGGCGGCAACGCCAAAGGCUGCGUCGGCGGCAGCGGGUCCGAGGAGGCUCUGGAGCGCGAGCUGGACUCCCGAGACCGGGAGUUGCUGAGCCGAGGCACGCGCUUGGUGUUCCCCAGUGAGGAUCACAUUUGAGACACGCUUGCAACUUCCUGGAUCCCUUUUUGUUUUGCUCCAAUCGGGCUCAAUCGAGCGUUAUUAACGUUUAUUACCUCUGACCAAGGACGUGUGUUUCCAUCAUCAGUGUUGAGGUCGUCUUUUUUUUUUUGUAACCCCCUGGAUAUGUUUUUUGUUCAACGAGGCCAAAUAUGACUUGACGCAGGCUCAUAAUUGAACAACUUCAACGAUGAUCAUUAACAUUUCUUACUUCCUUGGUGGAGGUAAUAAAUGUCAAUAUCUUUUCAUUAUGAGGGUUGAGUGUGGCUUUUUUGCUGUACGUUUGCAACUUCCUGGGAACUUUGUUUUGUUCAAGAGGGCCAAAUUUAGUACGACAGUAGAAUAAUGCAGCAAAUUUAACGCCAUUUCCUUUUAUUACCUCCAACAAAAACAAGUCUUUUCAUCAUUACCGUUAGGGUUGUCAGUUUUUUUGUUUUGUUUGUUUGUUUACAAUUUCCUUGAUACAAUUGUUUUUUGUUGUUGUUUUUUUUUUGUGUGUUUUUUUUUUUUUUGUCCAAUGGGGCCAAAUUUGACACGAUUUAAGCCAAUGAUUCAGCAGAUGUAAUAUUAUUACUAUUUACAUUUAUUACCGCGGCCAAGGAGCUAGUAUUUCUGGGUAUUUUAUUUUAUUUUUUUUAAAUAUUUUUCUUUAAUGAGGCCAAAUAUAACAUGACAUGGGUCUGUAAUUUAGCAACUUCAAAGGUUAUUAUAAUUAACAUUUAUUACCUCCACCUAGGAGCUAGUCUUUUCAUCAUCCGCAUUGAGUUAUAUUUUGUUGUUGUUGUUGUUGUUGUUUUUUUUUUUAACCCGUCUUCCUGAAUACUUCAUGUUAAUCGAAUGGGGCCAAAUAUGAGUUAAGUUUGUAAUUUAGAAACGUCAACAAUUAUUGAUUGAUUUUUUUUUCAAAAUUAUUGUUAUUAUUAUUUGUUUUUUGGGUCGUUUGCAAUUUCCUGCAAAUUGUUUUUGUCCAAUGUGGCCAAAUGUGACGUCACUUAAGCCAAAAGUUGAGCAAAUGAAAGAUUAUUGGCAUUUAUUACUGCCAUCAAGGAGCUGACGUUUUCCAUCAUCAGCGUUGGGUUCAUCUUGUUUAUUUGUUUGUGUUUUGUUUGCAUCUUCUUGGAUACUUUUCUGUUGACUGACACGGCCAAAUAUGACGACAUAUGUCUGUAAUUUAUAUGUAAUGGUUUCAUUCAUUUUAUCAUGUUUUUUUUUUUUUUUUUCUUAAAGUUUUUUAUUUUUUAUUUGAUUUGAUGGGAAUGGACUGUGCUGAAGUGGAAACUUUACGGGCAAAUGCAAUCCAUUCUGGGCCGAUUUGAUUCAUUUUCAGUGGAAGUAGAACUAGUCUGUGAACAUUCGUAACUGUUAUACAAUUGUAAACGGAGAGGUUUACCACUGUGUAAUUAAACUAAAACAGAGUACGACGACUGGUUUGGAAUAGACACAAUGGAGCGGAGCGAUACUGCCACCUAAAGGCUUGUUAUAGGUAUUGCUGUAAUGAAUACGUGUUAGUGUAGCAUUUCAACCCUUCUGCACUUCGAUCAUGUGUAACGCUGCCGGGGUGCCGGACUUUAAAGGUUUGACCGUGUACAAAAAUCAUCCUCAUCUGGAGCAAUUCGCAAUCAAUAGUUAGGUAAUAACAUGACGACAACAUUUAAAUCAAGAUAGGAAUUUGCGCCGAUCGCUACAGCUUUGUUUUGCUGAUUGAAGUUGUCAGGAACAAGUUUUGCUCUGACCAACCAAUCAGAGGAGGGCAAACAGGCUAACAUAAUGUUGGGCCAGCGAGCCAUCUGAUCGGUUAAAUCACUUUUUUCAGACCAAGUACCACCUAAAUAAAAAAAUACUCAAGAGUGCCACAAUCAUGACCAAAAUGAAAAUACAGUAGCAUAGAAGGCCUAAGUGUUCAUCAAAAGCCGAGACGGCGGUUUUAUUCAUAAAAAGUGUAUUUAAUACACUUUUUGUAAGCCACUGUAACUUUACACAUGAUUUAGAAUUUAGGUUGUAAAUGCGCGAUAGCGCUUCUGCUAGCGUUUAGCGUGAUUCUACCCAAAGCUGUUGUGUUUUGU